AGUUGAAUUGAGCUUAUUAGAGUGAAGUGCAGAAAAGAAGAAGAGGAAGAAGAUGAUGCAGAGGUUCUUCACAAAGGCAAAGCUUAGCCUUAAUACAUACCGAAGCUUCUCUUCUUCUCAACACGUCAUUCUCGACAACCCCAAUCACAGUCAGGUUUUGGUCGAAGGAAAUGGAUGCUCCAGAAUGGCCAUUCUCAAUAGACCCUCUGCUCUCAAUGCUCUCAACACCAACAUGCUGGCCACGCUGCAUAAAUUUUAUAGGAGCUGGGAAGAUAACCCUGAUAUUGGAUUUGUGAUGAUGAAGGGCAGUGGCCGAGCUUUUGCAGCUGGUGGAGAUAUUGUUGCGCUUUACCAUUUUAUAAACAAAGGAAACAUGGAAGCGUGUAAAGAAUUUUUCAGAACAGCCUAUAGUUUUAUGUACCUGAUAGGUACAUAUUUGAAGCCACAUGUGGCACUUCUAAAUGGCAUUACCAUGGGUGGUGGGGCUGGGGUUUCAAUCCCUGGGACAUUCCGUGUUGCAACAGACAAAACUAUUUUUGCUACCCCUGAAGUUCAUAUUGGAUUCCACCCGGAUGCUGCAGCAUCUUUUUACCUUUCACAUUUACCUGGUCAUUUAGGAGAGUACUUGGCUCUGACAGGAGAAAAGCUGAACGGAGUAGAGAUGGUUACUUGCGGGCUUGCUACACACUAUUCAUUAAGUGCAAGGCUUCCUUUAAUUGAAGAACAGCUGGGGAAAUUAGUUACUGAUGACCCAUCUGUCAUUGAAGCCACUUUAGAACACUAUGGGGACCUUGUACAUCCAGACAGCAGUAGCGUACUACAAAGGAUUGAAAUUCUAGAUAAAUGCUUUUGCCAUGACUCGGUUGAAGAGAUUGUUGAUGCUAUGGAAAAUGCAGCAAGUGAAACAAAAGAUGCUUGGUGUAUUUCUACCCUAAAUAGACUCAAAGAAGCCUCUCCAUUGAGCUUGAAGGUUGCCUUGAGAUCUAUAAGAGAAGGUACAUUUCAGACUCUUGAUCAAUGUUUGCUGCGUGAGUACCGUAUGACUUUACAAGCAAUACAUGGGAAAAUAUCUGGAGAUUUCUGUGAGGGAGUAAGGGCACGCGUGGUGGACAAGGACUUUGCACCAAAGUGGGAUCCUCCAACCUUAGAAAAGGUGUCUCAAGACAUGGUGGAUCAGUACUUCUUACCUUUGAGUGAUUCUGAACCUGAUCUAGAGCUGCCCACAAAAAGUCGUGAAGCAUUUCUAUAGUUUGUUUCCCUUGAACAUCUCCAUAUACAUAACAUCAACACCUAAUUUCGCCAUUUCGGUUGCAACACAUUUGAUAUUUUGCCAAGGCUAUGGUCAAGCUUAUACCUUUUGAUUAUGAUGGUAGUUUCCAAUGGUUUACUACAAUAAUAUGAAUUUUGUUACCUCAACUUCAUCACAUCAGUUUGUAAAAUGAGAUUUACAUUUUAUAUAUUAUGAUUUAGUUAUACUUUUA